AUGGCACCAUUCUUUUUGAUGAUGUAUUUGUUUGGAGAUUAUCUUGCUGUAAAGCUGAAAGUCAAAGAACUUAUUUGUAGAUAUAACUUGGCUAGAACUCUUGAUUUCCAACCAGUUCGAAAAUUUGUAGCACCACUGAGUGCCGGUCAUUUAUUUGCGUCAUUCUGCCUGGAUCACUUUGAUAGUUUGACUUUCGCUUUGGAGCAGUUUAAUGCUAUUUUUGCAAAGAUGAUCCUUCGGUUACUUGGAUGUACUGUACUUCUGACUCUCUGCGCAUCAGUCGCAGAGGGCAUGUCCCCUUUCAACAGAGUAUUCAAGAAGAGCCCAAAACAUCCUGUCAUACUCAUCCCUGGCGAUGCUGGCAGUCAAUUGGAAGCGAAUCUCACAGGAAAACCUUCAGUUGUGCAUUACAUAUGCUCGAAACAAACCAAGGAUUAUUUCGAUUUGUGGCUGAAUCUACAAUUAUUUACACCGCUGGUUAUCGACUGCUGGUUAGACAACAUGAUGCUAGUAUUCAACUCCACAACUGGAACUACUUCAAAUAUGCCAGGAGUGGAUAUACGAGUCCCUGGAUUUGGUGGCACAAGUACUAUCGAAUAUCUGGAUAAAAGCAUGGCUUCACCCGGUUCCUACUUUGCUACACUUGUAGACAUGAUGACAUCAUGGGGUUAUACUCGUGGUAAAACUCUUCAGGGUGCGCCAUACGAUUGGCGCCGGGCACCAAAUGAGCUUCAUCUCUACUUUGACGCUUUAAAGGUCUCUAUAGAGACAACCUAUCGUUAUCAUAAACAUAAGAAGAUUGUAACCAUAGCUCACAGCAUGGGUAAUGUCGUUAUGCUGUACUUCUACCAUAACAUCGUUGACCAGGAAUGGAAAGACAAAUACAUACAGUCACAUAUAUCGAUAGCUGCUCCAUGGGGUGGAGCUAUGCAAAUCGUCCGAGUUUUCGCAUCGGGAUAUAACAUGAAUUACUAUAGGGUAAUUUUGCCACCGAGCAAACUGAGACCUAUGCAGAGAUCGUUUACGUCAUCAGCGUUCCUAUUUCCGAGUUAUGCGGUCUGGAAUGAUACUGAAGUUUUGGCCAGUACGUUCGAGAAGAACUACACGCUAGCAAAUGUGGAGGAGUUUUUCAAAGACAUCAACUACACCACAGGAUACGAACAGUACAAGGUUGCAGGCCAAAUGAAUGGCAAGUUGGAUCCUCCGGGAGUGCAGCUUCACUGCAUCUAUGGAACAGGCAUAGAUACAGCCGAGCAGUUCAGCUGGGCAAAGGGCUAUUUCCCCGACUAUCCACCGUUGAUCGCAUACGGUGACGGUGAUGGUACGGUAAAUCGCCGUUCAGCAGAAGUGUGCUUGCGAUGGAACGAAUCCAAUAAUAAAGGAAAACGGGUAACGACGCACGAACUCCCCGGAGGCGAACAUAUGGAAAUUAUGUCAAGUCCAGCUAUGCUCGAACUCGUACGGAAAGCAAUCUACGAUCUUUUGUGACUUGUUGAAAUUAGUGGCCAUAAAGAUGUGCA